GGGCCCUAUCCAUCAAUGACGUUGGGCAUUUGCGCAGAAUUGUACUUUUAGGACGCUUUCUGUUGCGAAUCUCCAUCGCCGCGACCACCAAAGUCAAAGAUUUGGUGGCUGCUGUUUCCAGCAGCUCACCUGCUAUGAUCUUGGAUUGCAAGAGAAUGCGAGUGCUUUGGUUGAUCACGGCGAUGGAUAUCCAACGAAGUGAUCGAUCGGUCAUGGACCGACAAAGAGAUAUCUUCCGUCUGCGAUCUGAAGCCGAGUACUAUCGUAGAGCCCAAGAAGAGAACGAAUUGCUACGGGCGGAACUGAACGGCGUCUGGGACGUUCGGGCACGUCAGUACUCAAUUUCAGGUCGUACAUCUCAAGGAGAGAAGGUAUCGAGUCGCAGUGAGUCUAUUGUAGACCGCUCGAGCGCUCCCUCGCGUCAAGGUAGCUUUGCGACAUCGAUCAACAGUAGCAUCUACACCACAAACUCUAAGCUACCACCUAGGCAGCAACGAUUGGAUGAUGAUCGGGUAAUGAAAGUAUUUGAAGACGAAGAACCGUGUUGCAAAUUCUGGUACCUUUUGGAGGGUCGAAAAUUGCCGAAGAGCUGGAGGGCGGAGAUAGUUAUAAGAUGUCGGAGACCCCGAUAAUGUGGACGUUUAAGGGUUGCGAGCAGCGACUGGAGAUGGAGAAAG